UACAUGUACGCGCACGCGCGCUCCUUCCGUUCUCCUGCACGGUAAUCCUCCUCAACUCCAUCAUGGCGGAGAUCAAAUCGGGAAUAUUCGCUAAAAACGUCCAGAAGCGGCUGAACCGCGCGCAGGAGAAGGUUCUGCAAAAGUUGGGGAAAGCUGAUGAGACCCGGGAUGAGCAGUUUGAACAAGUGGUGGUGAACUUCAGGAGGCAGGAGUUUGAAGGUGCUCGGCUGCAGAGGGAGAUGAAGACAUACAUGUCUGCAAUUAAAGGGAUGCAGCAGGCCUCCAUCAACUUAACUCAAUCUCUUCAUGAAGUCUACGAACUGGACUGGCAUGGCAAGGAAGAUAUUGUAACCAUUGGGAAGGACUGUGAUGCAUUGUGGGAAGACUUCCACAACAAGCUGGUGGACUCAACUCUGUUGAACCUGGAUGCGUACCUGCAAGAGUUUCCAGAUCUGAAGCUACGUGUGGCCAAAAGAAGCCGGAAACUCAUAGACUAUGAUAGUGCGCGCCACCAUUUAGAAACUCUACAGACUUCUGGAAUGAAAAACGACCGCAAAGUGAUGAAGGCAGAAGAGGAGUUGAAGAAGGCUCAGAAAGUCUUUGAUGAGCUGGAUGUGGGUCUGCAGGAUGAGCUGCCCACUCUCUGGGACCGUCGAGUCGGUUUUUACAUUAGUACCUUCAAGAGUGUGACGACUCUGGAGACCAAGUUUCAUCGCGAGAUCUCACAGGUGUGCAGGGAACUGUACGAAAUCAUGACCAAACUGGGAGAACAACAUUCUGACAAGAUAUUCACCAUCCAAGGAGCCCCGAGUGAUUCUGGACCACUGCGCCUUGCUAGAACGCCAUCACCACCAGAAGAUGAGAGUCCCCCUGAUAGUCCAGAUGCUGGCUUCAAUCACAUGCUCCAUCCGGUUUCACCUGGACCACCCCGUCCCAAAUCCCCAACACAGCUGAAAAAGGGGCCACCAGUUCCUCCUCCACCCAAAGUCACACCCACCAACGAAGUGGCUGAGGAGCAGAUUGUUGACCUGUUUGGUGGAGAAUUUCUACCUGGUCCGUCACCGUCACUGCCCAAUGAACGACCAGGAGAAUCUCUCCUUGAUCUUGACUUUGAUGCUUUCCAGCCAGAUGAAAAUGUUUCACCGAUACCUCAGACUGCUGUACCUUGGGAUAUGUGGUCGGGGAAUGCUGAAGCCUCUCAGCUUCAGGUGGCAGAUGCUGGAUUUGUUGCAGACUGGUCAGCUGAUUUUGGUUCAGAUUCAACAAAUGGAGAUGCUGCUGCCCAGGAGGUCCCUGCCCAAAACCUGGAGGAGGAGCAGAUCAGCUCUCAGGGUGUUGGUUCAGGCUGGCACCAGUCUGAGGGUUUCCAGCCAGGCCAAGAAAUGGUUCCUUCUGAGCAGGACAGUGAACCCAGAGCUGAGGACGUUGAGGACACAUCUGGACCGCCGUUUUUUGCAGAUUUUGAUAAAAUGAGCAAAGGUAAAAGUGAGUUGACUGAAACUCCUGAAGCAUCAGAGACACAAUCGGCCGAGAAACGAGAAGAACCUUCAAUGCUGCCUGCCGCAGCAGAGGAGUCUAAGAGUUGUCUUGUUCCUGCUGGAGGCGAUCGACCAGCGGACGACCAAGCUUCUCAGGAUGCUGAAGAACAUGAAGCUCCUUUUGAUGACGAAGAGGAGAAACCAAAGUCUUCAGAUAACCUGAAAGAGAAGCUAGAU